UCACCGCAGAAGAAGAACCGCGGAAGAGGGAACGGUUUCCUGACAGGCUCAGCAGGCUAACGAGCUAACGGGCUAACGAAGACAAGUGUCCGUGUCAGCAGCGGUUGAACCAGAGAGACACCGGGACCGGGAGGAAAAACUACAGCAUCACAACACACACGGAUCAAGAUGACGGCCGCACCUUACAACUACUCGUACAUCUUCAAGUACAUCAUCAUCGGUGACAUGGGAGUCGGGAAGUCGUGUCUGCUGCAUCAGUUCACAGAGAAGAAAUUUAUGGCCGACUGUCCCCACACCAUCGGGGUGGAGUUCGGGACGAGGAUCAUGGAGGUCCACAGUCAGAAGGUGAAGCUGCAGAUCUGGGACACGGCCGGUCAGGAGCGGUUCCGGGCCGUCACCAGGUCGUACUACAGGGGGGCCGCCGGGGCCCUGAUGGUCUACGACAUCACCAGGAGAAGUACUUAUAAUCACCUGAGCAGCUGGUUGACAGAUGCCCGGAACCUGACCAACCCAAACACAGUGAUCAUUCUGAUCGGCAACAAGGCCGAUCUGGAGGCUCAGAGAGACGUGACGUACGAGGAGGCCAAACAGUUUGCAGAGGAGAACGGUUUGCUGUUUCUAGAGGCCAGUGCUAAGACAGGGGAGAAUGUGGAGGAGGCCUUCCUGGAGGCAGCCAAGAGGAUCUACCAGAACAUCCAAGAUGGCAGUCUGGACCUGAACGCUGCUGAGUCGGGAGUCCAGCACAAACCGUCAGCGCCACAGGGAGGCCGCCUCAACGCCGACAGCCAGCCGGCUAAAGAGGGCUGCAGCUGCUAACCACAGACAGAAACUACAGACCCAUCAAACGGACCGACGGACGGACGGAGAGAGACAGAUACGUACACACAGAUCCCCCUCGCCUCUAGGCACUAACAUCCCUCUUCUGUCCAGAGUGCAUCAAACAAGAUUUAGCUGAAUUUCAUUAGCAGACCACCGUUCAGUGGCCAAUUCAACCAUCCACCAAGGAUUCCCUCAAGCAGUUGGACAAUUUGUUGGACAACUCCCAAAUUUAAACCAUGGUAAACGGCAUAAAAUUAAUCCCUCAGCAUAAAUCCCAACCACUCAAGGUCCACACCCGGAACACACCAGGUCUCCCUCUGACACACCCCAAUUGAUCACGAUCCAGACUGCCUUCAGCCCACAUCCAGGCACGCUUGGUCCGAACCUUCGCCAAGAUGGACUGUUCCAAGUCUAGAGUAAGACAGCCGUCAUCCCAGAACCCAGAGUACUCUCUGGUCUAUCCUGAGUUUAAAACUCUGUUGGUCCAACUCAGUCAAGGGUUGUCUAAAUUUGAUAGUAACAUCAUUCAGAAUGUGAAACAACCAUCGUCUCAAGAGACGAACAAAAAUACAUUUCUCAAAUUUGGACCAACUCACAGCCCAAAUCUCUGUUGCCUUUAUUCAAAUCUGUCUUGAGACUGUUUUCACCUCACAUCCAGACACGUGCGGCCCAAACUUCAGUCAGUCUAGUUCAUUCUAACCUUGGACUCUCUAAAUCUGGACAUAAGUGAGAAUGCUAUCAGCUCUCAUUUUUAGUUAUGCUUGAGCUUAAGGUCGGCCGUGCUGGACUGUUCAAGUCCCAGGAAAGGACCACUUCGAACCCUCCACACCAUUCCAAGUUUAGACUAUCUAGCAUGGGUGGUCCAGAUUUGAUUAUCCCUCAAAUUUUUGACUACUAAAACCCCCAAGUCCUAAAAGAUGCAUAGAUACAGAACAAUAAUUGAGACCAACCUACAACCUAAAUCUGAUCUACACCAAAAUACAGAUCACUCAAGUUCCACUGAGAAAUCGCUGCUGACAUCCAGAGACGAGGCUCUAGCUGGACUUCCUUCACCCCACGUCCAGGCCUACCUUUGGACCAAAGGUGAGGGUAGUCCAAAUUUGAAACUACGUCUGUCCCAAACGGAAACAGCUAUUACCUAGAGACAAGUAAAGAUACAGUGCUUGGAUUCGCACUCUCCUACAGUCCAAAUCUGGACGGCUUCUCUCAAAUUCGGAUCGCCCAAGUUCCAAGUCCGGACAUUCCUAUGAACAGAUUCGGAACCUCGGCUCAAGUUGGACCGCUCCCAGUCCAAUUCAAGGACAACCUUUUCACAAGUCUUCAAAUCUAGAGCCCACAUGCUAAUCCUGACCCCGUCUGCUGUAACUCCAGAUCGUCCAUACGCCCGGCUCUGACUUCUUCUCAAUCUAUAUUAGUAUUUGUGUCUUGUAUGUGUGAUAUGCCAUCGUUUGUUGUUCAGUUAGAAAUCUCUUAAAAUUCCUGCUUUAAAACCAUAAAUUCUAUCACAGAGUGGCCUGGACGUCUGAACUCGCCUCUGGUAAAUUCCUUCUUCCUCGUUAAACCUUUUCUUCCUCUGCUCGAUUUCCUACCUCGUCUCACGAGGUUCUAAACAAUCCCGUCUGGUGAAACUCGCUGCCCUGCCGGAUUACUUGGUUUGAAUUAUUCCAUCAUCUGUCCUGUGUGGACUGCCGACCCAUCGCAUUUACACCAUGUUGGUAAUGCGGAUUGAAAGACACAUCCAGUGUUGUGGUCAAAUGUAUCUUCUCGGGUGCAUUCCAGCUUUAUAUUGUCUUUGUCAGACUUCCGUCCAGUCCCCCGGAUGCAGGUACAAGCAGUUCUCCACUGAUUUUGUCACAUGGGGAUUUUCUCAUCAUGCUUGGUGGCGUAAUGUUUUGACUGCGGUGGAGCAGAAUGACCCUGAACCUUUCACUCGACGCUGCUCGAAGACUGUAGUAUACUGAACAACAGAAAGCGUGGGUCCGUCACUGACGGACUUCAUAUCCGAGGUUUUCUUGUGUUUGACCCAUAUCAUGAUCUUGAAAGUCAGGGUUUCUUAACCGCUGCAUGUCUCUCUGAAGUUCUCCAUCUUUAUCAAUGUGCAAUACUAAAAAGCCUUAAAAUACAAACUUUGCAUGAUGUGUUGUCCGACCACGUCUAAAUCACUGGAGGGCCACUUUGAAUCCCAGCAGGAGAAAGUGGGGGGUUGCAGAAAUCAUCAGAAAAUGUCAACAGAAGAGUGUUAUCUUACGAAGAAACACAUAUUAACACGCAUGCACACGGUCGCCUACACAUGCGAAGCAUUGCACCUAUCAGAUUUCUUUAUGGGUCCAAAGUGCUCGGUUUGAUCUCAAUCCAGCAUGGAUAAGGAUUAAAUUAAAAAAGAAGACGCUGCCCCACAGAAAGUAGACUUGUCGGACCCUUGAAGACCUUCCACUCCCCCAAAUACACACAAUCUCUGCAACUCCACACUCAACCUGUUUUGAAUCUAAAUAUUAUAACUAAUAACUUGUCUGUGGAGAGAGAGCUCACAAGAAGAAACACGGCUCACCUGAACUAGAAUGUCUCACUGGAAGUUCAGGAUAGAUUUUCAUCAUUUUUGUUCUUUAAUCAAAUAUAAAUGCAGUUUAUUUUUGAAUGUUACAGUUCCCCCUAGUGGCCAUUUUUUACAUCCCUCGUAAUUAAAUGCGUAUUGAGGGAAGAAAAAAGACGUGAGUGGAAGCGUCUCAGAUUCUUUUAAUUUAUUACUGCCUUUUGUUUUAUUAGUUUUUAACACUAUUCUGGAAUCACAGUUCACUGGGAUGGUUUCUGUUGUCGUUGUUUGAUGAAGGUCUCGGCAAAAGUUGGACUAACUAUUAUUUGUUCCAAAAAAAUCUGCAACUGAUAUUUUAAGGAGCAUUUGGUCAUUUUGCAAAAUGAAGUGUGAUUUGGAUCAAUUCCAAAUUUCAUCUACUGUUCUAACAGUCAAUAGUGAACUACCUACAUGAUUUAACUUAAAUGAAUUAAUGUGAUCUCUGUGCUACAAGAACCGGUUCACCGACAGACUCGCUCUUCUUUAUUUUAUACUUUAAGGCUGGAGAGAGAAAAAUAUUGACAGAUGCGUCAACAUUUCAUACCGAAUAUUGAUUUGGUUUCGAUCAAGUGUUUGAAAACCAAAUCUACUUAAUGCAGCUUUGAUCCUUUAUGAUUCAACACUCGAUGGAUCAAAGUCACGGUUCUGGUUUAACGUGCAGUGUUGUUGCUUCAGCAGAGGAAAUCAUUUUGGUAUAAUAUUCAACAAUUCUGUUUCAAACAGCAGGAAGAAUUCAGAGAUUUUUUUUAAAUGGCACGAGGAACGUUUUCUUUCAUACAAAAUCUUGGAAGCAACGAACGUCAAAGUAUUAAUAAGUACACAAGUAAAACACGUGAGUGACAAUUUGACAUUUUUAAAGAUUACGCUUGGUUUCCCUCGAGCAGCUGAUGACGUUAAACAUUCGUCCCAGUGACUUAAGCCAAUAAAACACGUUUCAACAAGGAACAGAAAGAAGAAAAACUCAGCUUUGAAAGGAAAAGCACAAAUAUUCAGUUAAGCUGGAAAAAAACCCAUUUAUCUUUAAAGAACUAAAAAAUCAUUUUGACAUUAAAAGUUAUGAUUGGAACAUUUUACGUAUUUUUUUUCAAAUAUAUUUUCACAAUUUGGAGGCGUUAAAGAUAAAAAUUGAAAUCAACCUCUUUCACGUAAACACUCUGUUUUACUCUUGAAUCAGAUGUUGUGGCCUCCGGGACUCGGUACCUUCUCUGUGGAGUUUUGAAUGAAACCAGUUUAUCUUAAAAAAUGUCACAUGGAGCCACUGUGGGACACGUGAGGCGUUCGAUCUCAUGUCCGUAUCGUAUCCAGUCAAAACUCUCGCUUGAGAUCGCUGUCCUCCGAUUGGUGGACAGCUGCCUUCUUUAACUGUGACGCUUGAUUUAUGAACGAAGCCCCUCCCUCACUGUAAAAAACCCCCAACGCAUCCGACCUCCAAUUUUUUCUCGUUGCUUUUUCCAUCACUUGAUAAUCUGCACGCAGUCGUUGCUGCGGACGUUUUUAAGGAAAGAGCGUUUUUAAAAAAAAAAUUUAACUCAAAGAUUUUGAGGUGUUUCCAGGGACCAGUGUCACGAAUCAUGAAGAAAAACAUACAGUUUCAAGUUUUGUUGUGGCCGACGCCCUGAAGCUUCCCUCGCCAACUGAAAACAAAAGCAUCUCAUUAAAACAAUGUUAAAAGUGUCAUUAGAGAACGGAAGAGAUCAGUGUUGUCACAGCGCAACGGCGACACAUUUUGUGUAAAGACGUUCCCCAAUUUCUAACUUUAAUCAGUGAUCUGGAAGUGAAAUUAAAAAAAACAUGGCGUUUAUCUUUAAAUUAAUGUAACAUCUAAAUUUGUUUGGGUAAUGAUAAUUACGUUUGAACUGAUCGAUCAGAGAAAUCUCAAUGUUAUGAUUUGUGUGAAGUUUGAGAAAGUUUUCUUCCCGCUCACUUCCUGUAACGUGCUCGUGUUCUUUCUCUUCUUUUCUCUCUGUUCUGUAACGUCCGUUGAUUUUUUCUUUGUCAGCUCAAAGUAACAAACAUGCUUCUUUAUGAUUCUCUGACUAUUUAUAUUCUUAAUGUGAUGAUUUUUUCUUCAGCUGUACUUUGUCAUCGUACGACCACGGGGACUCAGCUAUUUGUAAAUAAAGUAUAUAUACUGUA